CAUCCACAUCCCCUCCUUUAGGAUUUUCCGUUUGCGAAAAAAUGGCGAGGAAUUUAGGGGUUUUGGUGCGACAGGUGCUAGGCAAUGGCGACAAGCCCUGCGCAGGUCUUCUUCUUCAUCAUCUUAAGCCUCCUUGGCAUUCUAUCCAAACCCUAAAAGCCCUAAAAACCCUAACUUCAAUUCCAACCGCACCAUCUUCACCACCCACAGCUCCUUCCACUCGGAAACCAUUAUACGAUUUCCUGCACUCCACAGACCUUCAGUCUCUUCAGCACCGAGCCCUCACUUCACCCUCAGGUCCCUCGGACAUUCAGAUCAAGAAAAAACGAAAAAAAGGUCCUUCGAACAUUGUCACCGUUAAGACUAUGACCGGAUAUGGUCGGGCGAUCAGCAAUAUCACAAACAACAAAGCACCAGUAGUUUUCUUCUUCACUAUAGCCAGCUCUGAUGCUUGUAAGAUCGUAUCUCCAAUCCUCAAAGAUCUGAGUGAGCAAUUCCCGCAUGUAAUAACAUAUAAGUUUGACGUUGUUCAGGGGAAGACUGACUUUGCAGUAAUUAUGUACGGUUGGCGUGCUAUGCCAACAUUUUCUUUCUUUCAAAAUGGGGUAUGUGUAUCUCGGAUUAUUGGUGCUGAUGUGGCCGGAUUGAAAAGUACUUUUGAGAAACUCUACGGUCCGGAGGGAUCUGAAAAAGUUGACAAGGAGGUUAGCAAAUGUAAGAAGAAGGGCAGAGGAGUUGUUGCGGAAGGUGGCAAAGUGGGUGUUGCUGUGAAGUCGUCACAGCAAAGUGAUUGAUUUGUUUAGGAAGAAAUCGAGUGUACUGUUUUAUUAUCUGGACUAGUGUGCUGUUUGGAAUUCGAAAUCCUCACGUAUGUAUGUCUAUGUAUGAAAAUAGUUUAAUGAAUGGGUUGUGGUUGGACCGGCCACUUAAUAAAAUACUAGCCUGUCCGCACGGGUUAGAGGCGUUUUUUCA